AUGGACCUUUCACAGCCUUUCGAAGAGGAGCGACUUCCGUGGUAUGAUGCCGCUCAAUUUUACCCAGUCCGCAUCGGCGAACUAUUCGACUCAAAAUACAAAGUGGUUGGGAAGCUUGGGUACGGCGCGUACUCGACAGUUUGGCUCUGCCGAGACGUGAGAGACUCCGGCUUUGUUGCCUUAAAGGUCUGUACCCGAGAAGUUGCCACAUCCCCACGGGUUCAUCGAGAGCUUCGAUUCUACGAGCAUGUUGGCUCCCUUAACUCGCGGCAUGAUGGCCAAGCCUAUAUUCGCGGCCUUCUUGAGACGUUUACGAUCCCUGGCCCUGCCGGUCGGCACUUGUGCCUAGUUCAACCCCCGAUGCACAUGACUGUUCGAGAACUUCAGCGGCUAAAUUCGUCCCAUCGACUCGAUGAGAAGAUAUUGAAGUGGACUCUGUUCAACGUCCUGAGCGCUCUUUCCUUUCUCCACGAUGAAGCCAAGGUGGCACAUACAGACAUCAGUCCAUCCAACAUUAUGUUGACCAUUGCCGAUGAGUCUAUCCUUGAAGACUUCGAAAAAGGGGAAAUCGAGGAACCCUCGCCCUGCAAAGUCAUUGAUGACGUUCGCAGAGUUUAUGGCUCACGCAGGUUGGGCUUUCCAAGAGACGCCGUAUGGGGGCAGCCAGUCCUCUGCGAUUUUGGAGAGGCUCGAAUCGGAGGGCCUCACAGAGGACUCCUUCAACCCGAAGUAUAUCGUGCCCCGGAGGUCUUGUUCAACAUGCAAUGGAGUUCAAGUGUUGACAUUUGGAACAUUGCCGUCUUGAUUUGGGAUCUGUUUGAGAAUGAACAUUUAUUUCGUGCUCUGGAUGAAAACGGAGAGUCGUCAGCAACCCACCAUGUCGCGGAAAUGGUCGGGUAUCUCGGGUUGCCUCCACUUGAGUAUAUUCAACGAAGCGAAGUAACGAGCAAGGUUUUCGACGAAGAAGGUCACUGGAAGCGUGCAGGAGGCGUAGAUGUACCAUUGCUCUCGCUUGAAUCCUCGGAAAAGGGCUUGAAGGGUGAAGACAAAGCACUUUUUCUCAGAUUCGGACAUGAUCCAAGCUACCAGCUAGCGCGGCUCGUGUACCUGCUUUCUGCUGGUGACGAUGAUGAUACCGAAAUCUACACAUCAACAAAGCCAUACAUACACGUUCAAGCUGUUCAAGUUAAAGUCAUGGCCUCCCGCGACGACAAGUCAAGCUUGAGAGACGAACACGAUCCAGAGAAAAGGGCCCACGAAGAACUCUCUCGACACUACCACUCCCAGUCGGCGUCGGCGUCGAUCAAGAUCACCCGACGGACUGACCUUUCGCUUCUGUACAGGAUUGUCCGUACGCUCAUCAGACCCGUACGGCCCAAACUGGUCAAGCUGCACGGGGAAACGCCAGCUGGCAGUCAACGGUUGUCGGCGCCGAGGCGACGGGGGUGUGAGGUCAUCGAGACCCAGAGGGAAGGGGUGUGGGAGUAUACGUUUCGACAUGUCGAGGCUUCUCGGGUUCAGAAACGAAACCAGGACCAGAACCAGAACCAGAACCAGAUUCGGUCGUCGAGGUCACCUCAAUCCGAUUCCAACCAUGCCGACGACGACAGUGACAAUGACAGCGACCAUGACACGCCGGUGGUCAACACGUCGGACGCAGCCACAUCAUCUACUCCGUUGACUGCCGCCACAUCGCUAGCUGGAACAGGAACAAAACCGAAGACGAGGAAACAUAUACAUCGAAUCUAUUAUUUCAGCGGAGGAGGGUUUCAGUCACCCCCUAGUCCUGGCCACUGGAUGUUUCUAAGCAAAUUGGCCAAGAGUCUACAAUUGUUCUCUGCCUCUGGUUCGUCUUCUGCUUCCUCUUCUGCAACCCCUGUCAGCGAUGGCACAGACUCUACAGAGUUCCAAGUAACAUUGGUGUCUCAGCCACUGGCACCGGCGAGCCCGGCUCCCGACGCUCUACCGGUGUUACGGAGGUGGGUGACCUCGGUUCUCGACGAGGCAAGUCGACAUUCUUCCAACAGCGCCCGUCGAGACGGUGCCGACAGUACAGACACUACCACUGCCGUCACAGUGACACUCGCAGGGGACAGCUCGGGGGGGAACGUGGCGCUGAGCCUAGGUAUGUGGGCCGCACAGGAACUUCCGCCGGAGCAAGUCAGGCACGUCUUGUCUUCGAUCCUUGUCGUCUCUCCCGCCGUGGACCUGAGGAAUGUGAAUGAAGAGAUCAAAGAGGCCGACAGGUACGAUCCCGUCCUGACGAUCGGGUUGACGGGUGACGUCGCGCGUGCGUGGGCUGGAGGUGUCGGGUCGAAGAAAAGAUCAGACCCUAAACCUGUACCUACAAGGACAACUACGGCCACAGCUAUUACACGUGCAACCACCGAGACGAAUUCGGAGACGAGCGGUCUCGGUGCGAGUACCCGUCGUACCGGUUUGCGAAAAACGAUGAGCACGAGUGAUUGGUCCGUUUCACCCCUGUUACAAGCUGACGCGGUGUUCGAGAAGCUCAGAGACAGCGGCGUGCGUGUGCACGGCGUCGUGGGCACGCAUGACGUUCUGGCGCCGGACGCGCUGGAGAUGAUGAGAAAGUGCGACCGCUUCGGCGUCCCGGGCGAAUGGCUCGUGUGGGAAGGACAGAUGCAUUGUUUCCCUCUGGCCGGCGUGGGUGAUGUCGUCGGUCUGAGAGAGGGAAAGGAAGGGAGAAGGUGGAUCGAGAACGUACUGAAAAACGGAAUGUAG